AUGCCUCUCUGUGGUGGAACCAAGACCGUGCAGCGGAAGCUUGUGCUUCUCGGCGACGGUGCCUGUGGCAAGACUUCGCUCCUCAAUGUCUUCACCCGAGGUUACUUCCCCACGGUUUACGAGCCGACGGUCUUUGAAAACUACGUACAUGACAUCUUCAUCGACAACGUCCACGUGGAGCUGAGUCUAUGGGACACGGCCGGUCAAGAAGAAUUCGACAGGCUGCGCUCAUUGUCAUACGAUGACACCCAUGCCAUCAUGCUCUGUUUCAGCGUCGACUCUCCUGACUCCCUCGAAAACGUAGAGACGAAAUGGGUGGGAGAAAUCGCCGAGAACUGCCCCGGAGUUAAGCUCGUACUCGUAGCAUUGAAGUGUGAUCUGAGGGAACAGACGGACGACGAAGAAGGCCAACAGGCCGCUGAAAAGCCUCUCAUCAACUACGACCAGGGUCUCAAGGCCGCGGAAAAGAUUAGGGCGCUCAGAUAUCUUGAAUGCUCCGCGAUGAAGAACCGCGGUGUCAACGAGGCUUUUACUGAGGCCGCAAGAGUAGCGCUCUCGGUCAAGGGAGCGAAGGAGAACGACAAGAAGUGUGUGGUGAUGUAG